UAUGCUGUUUCUUUCAAGGGAAAGAACAACUCUUAGUGUAGUGGAAGUUAAUUUAUAGAGAUUUUAAUUUAAAAUUAUUAAACAAUAGUGUUAAACAAUAUGGAAUAGAAUAGUAAUGUGUAAUUCGAUAAAUUAAAAUAUUUUAAAAUUUAUUUAUCAUUUUAUUUUUAUUUUAUUAUUAAAAAUGUAUUUUAAAUAUAAUUAAGAAAAUUAUAGUAGUAUAAAUUAUAAUAAUAUUAAAAAUUUGUUUAUUUUUUAAAUUCAUUUUUAAAAGUUUCAAGCAUUUUAAGAUCAGAUACUUAUUUAUUAUGAUCAUUUUUUUCUGAUAAUAAAAUGAUAAUAAUUGCUAGCUCAAUUAAUCGAUUAAAAAGUGUUAAUUCUUUAAAAACUAAUAUGUAUUAAAGAAAUAUAGUAUGUUAAGAUUUUAGCUGUUUAUUAAAAUAACGUAUAAAAUACAAUUGAGAAUUCAAAAAUGAAUAACAAGUGAAAUAAUUUGUGUAUAUUUUUUUCUCCUAUCUUAGAAGAAAUAACAAUCGAUUGUGGGAUAUUGCAAUUGUCGGUGUAAUUAUCUAUACAAAUGUGAAUCUAUACAAAUUAUACGACGAUUAUUCUUCGAGUUUUGCCCUUGUUUCCCGGUUCUCUCUUAAAUGCAUAACGAUUCUUCAUUAAACGAUUACAAAUAGAGAAAAAGUGGAGCAUUCUACUUUCACGUUUGACGAAGCAAAUACUUUGAAGUUCAAGGAGAAAAAAAAUUAAUAGGUUCGAUUCUGUCAUAGAGAUUAAAACUUGGGAAGCAAUAAUAGAAAGUGCAAAAACGUAACAGUUUAGAAUUCGCAACAGUAUAGAGAGAUAAAAAGUAGAAAUAGUAGAACAAAGAAAAAAAUGUUUCACUUGUCGGUGACCUUUGUUUUGGUGAUUUUGUUUGGUAAGAAGUGCUAUGAUAUUUUUAUUAUAUAUCAAUGAUUAAAUUAAACAUUUGUUUAAAUAUGAUACUCUAGCUACAGAUAAUGAUUUCCUCAAUAUUUUAAACAAUCGAAUUAACAAUAGAUUUAUCAAAUAAUGUAAAAAUAAAAAUAUACAAACUUCUUUUAUUUUUAAAAUCAGAAAUAGUUUUACGUAAAGUAAGUGUAUGGUAAUUGACGAAUAUUUAUAUGUUGUUAAUUUUUUUUUGUAUAUAUAUUUUUAUAAUAGAAUUAAGAAUUUAUUAUUUUAUGGUUCGUUAUUAGUUGGUAAAGUAUCUUCACUUCCACAAGAUAAACAAGAAAAUAAAAUGAAUAUUGUAAUAAACUUAAACAAAAUGGCUAAUAUUUUGAAUAAUAAUAAAACAAUUAAAUCUUCAAUGAAGACUAUAGAAAAGGAAACAAUAAACGAAAAUAAUAACUUUAUAUUUAAAAAUUCAAUCAAUACAGUUGUAAGUACAAUUGAAGUAAAAAAAAAAAAAAAUGAAAUACAAAAUUGUACUUCUACAAAAGAACAACACGACAUGCUUAAUUGUAAUGUGACACCACACGAUGAUGAUGAUGAAGACAACAUAGAACAAAUUCCAUUAUUAAAUUUUACAGAAUCUACGAUAACAACUGUGGAUAUUACGAACAUUAAUGUUGAAACAGAUCACUUCAUAAAUAAUAAUAAUUCAGAUACAAGUACAGAUUUAAAACAUACUACUAAUAUUAAUGAAGCAUCGAUUGAUUUUAUAUCGCCAUUGCUAGUAGAUAAAGUUGUUGCAAAUAUAGGCUCUGAAAAUAUUAUUAAGACUAUGAAAUCUGUCAAUCAUACAAACAACAAACAUAUGUCUUCAGGAAUUAUAGCGUUAAUUACCGCAAUCAGUUUUGCUGUAGCAAUUGCAUUGGUAUAUAUUGGUAUGAUCAUUUGGAGGCGGUAUAUUGAAUAUCGAUAUGGACAUCGGGAAUUACUUGUUAAUGAAUUAGAAUUUGAUACUAAUGAUUUGCGACAUUUUGAGCUGUGAUUUAACAAAUGCAAUAGUUUGUAAAGAAAAAAAAAUAAUAAUAAUAAUAAUUCAUAGCCAAGGCUGAUAAUAUAACUAUGAAGAUUUAUUGAUCUGUGAUACUAGACAUGCAUUGUGUCAAACAAUCAAGACACCAAAUAUAUUUGGAAUAAUAUUGUACAUUUCUUAUAAUAUAUAAAUAUAAAUGUUUUAUAUA